CACAUCGCAGACCCGACAAGAGAAAAUACGCUUUGUCCUCAACCUAUCAUAAUCAUGCCAGUUGAAAUUCGAACGGAUCGUGUUGUUCUCAAACAUCCCAAGGGUCCUUCCGCAGAGAUAUUACUCUAUGGUGCGACUGUCAUCUCAUGGAAGUCGGCCAGCCACACCAGUAACGAACCGGUCGAACGGCUAUUCGUGUCCGCGAAGGCUGCGCUAGACGGUAGCAAGCCUGUGCGAGGAGGUAUCCCCGUCGUCUUCCCAUGCUUCGGCGCGCCCACCCAUCCCGACCAUUCCAAACUCCCUCAACACGGGUUUGCACGCAACAACGUCUGGACCUAUGCUGCCACCGUCCUGGACAACGAGGCUGGUGUGUCUGUAAGGCUCACCUUGGAGCCGAAUGCAACGAUCCAGGAGCAAUAUGCACACCCUUUCCACCUCGCGUACGUGGUCACCUUGGCCGAACACGAGCUUAGCACGGACCUGCAUGUGAAGAACAAUGCACUUUCGACGACCCCGCCUAUAGAGUUCCAGGCACUGUUCCACAACUACAUCCGCGCACCUUCUAGCGACGUCCGCGUUUCACCUCUACUAGGCCUCUCGUACUAUGACAAAACCGAGGCGACCGAGGAAGCACGGGCGACUCCGAAGAAGGAAGUGAGGCAGGCCGUAGACGUUCUCAGGUUCACCGACUCUGUGUAUGAGGAUGCACCAGGGAGAUAUGACAUCCUCUGGGGUAGUGGAGGGAUCGAAAUUGUGACGAAGAAUUUGAAGGAUGUCGUCGUUUGGAACCCGCAGGCUGAGGCUGGAGCUAAGAUUGGAGACAUGGAGGAGGGCGGAUGGGAGAAGUACAUCUGCGUUGAGCCUGGCCAUGUCCGCGGAUAUGUCAAGUUGGAGGCAGGUCAAACCUGGAUUGGCCAACAGGUGCUGAAAGUCAAGGUCUGAACUUACAAGUUGUCGAGUAGUAUGAGAAGUCACAACUCUAGUGCACCCGUGUACUUGUAGCAUAUCCGAAGCAGCCUGUAGUUCGUCCUGUGGCAUGGUCCUGCGCGUAUAGCUUGUCC